ACUGAUUCCCAGUCCCUCCCAGUGAAAAUUGCUUUGAAGCGCGUCUGUUCCUACCCGGUAAAAGCGGCGUUGACGGACGGGUCCGCGCCAGUCAUGAUGCUGGUCUUGGUCCUGGUCCGUGCGGCGGUGCUGCUGGUUGGACUGGCGGUGUCGUGCAGUUCGGACUUCGCUCCUCCCACAAUCGACGUAAACCUGGGCGAUGAGCCACAAGUGCGAUGGAUGCCGAUUCUUAAAGUAUUUGAAUCCGACUUCCUCAAGAAAGCUGCUCAAGAGGUCAUAGAUUCAACAAUUCCAAAAUGGCUUCACAAAGUUCUCAGACCUCUGAUAAAGGUCUCCGAGGUGCUCCUUCUUCCUGAGCCUUAUGGCGAGGAGCUCCGUGGCAUGGCCGCCCACUUUGGCACAAGCCUCUCUGAUACCAUAAUGCUCAACUUCGCCUAUGAAGCAUCUGCAUUCUGCACGAGCAUUGUGGCUCAGGACAAACAUGGAAACGUGUACCAUGGCAGGAAUCUUGACUACCCACACUCUGUUCUGAGGAAUCUUACUGUCAAUGUUAUCUUCCGGAAGGCCGGAAAGAUCUCCUACGUUGGAACCACCUUUGCUGGCUAUGUUGGUCUGUGGACAGGACAAAGUCCAUACAAGUUCACUGUUUCUGGUGACCAGCGAGGCAGGGGUCACUUGUGGGACUUCUGGAAGAAUAUAGUCUCAGCUUUCCUGUUGAGGAGAAGCCCAGUCAGCUGGCUGGUGAGAGAGACUCUAGAAAAGGCAGAAGACUUUCAAGAUGCCGUCCUGCGUCUUUCCAAAAUUCCCAUCAUCACAGGAGUGUAUUACAUUGUGGGUGGGGCACGUGCAGGUGAAGGGGUCGUCAUCACCAGAGACCGAGGGGGCCCCGCAGAUAUCUGGCCGUUGGAUCCGCUGAGUGGAGGAUGGUAUAGAGUGGAGACCAACUUUGACCACUGGCUUCCGUCCCCAGCCAAGGAUCAUCGAAGAGAAGCAGCAGAAAAAGCAAUGAAUGCUACCGGUCAAGAGCAUAUCAAUAUGUAUGCGCUUUAUCAGGUUUUGUCAAUAUUUCCCGUCUGUAAUGGGAUUACAGUUUAUACAACAAUAAUGAGUGGAGCAACCCCAGAGAAAUAUACCACACUUGUUAGGCCACCGGACUGCCGUGCUUCCAGUGGUUAGUGAAGUGGAACCACGAUUUUCCCCGUCUGAGUGAAACUGAUGAGCAUUUCUUUAAAAAAAAAAAAAAAAAAAAGUGAAUGCAAGUUUCACAGGAAAAUGUUGUCUACUCUGUAAUUAUCUGCUGCACCCCGUAACAGCUUUUUGAAAACAGUAGUAUGACUCACCAAAUCUGACCUGUUACAAAUGUAAAUAAUGUGUAUUAUGUGGAAUUAGAGCUGAAAGAGCUGCUUCGUUGCUAUUAAUUACAGACUGUAUAAUUUCAUCUGACUAUUUAGAGUUGAUAUAGUUUCAAGAGAAAGAAUAAGUGCAAGAGCAGCAAUAUUCUGAUCCUAGAUAGACUGCACACUGCACUCGUAGCACAAGUGUUAAGCUAGGUCAGUGUUUAUGUGCCAUAUUGAGGGGGGAAAAAAACUUCAAAUAUGCAUUUUAAUUAAAUGUGAUAAAAAUUCUGAACUAAAAACC